GGAGUCUUCGCCGCCGCCUUUUGGGACAGCCGGGACCCUCUGCCUCUCCUCCCGCGCCAUGCCGUGGGAGAAGACCUUCAAGCAGCGCCGAACCUUCGAGCAAAGAGUGGAAGAUGUCCGGCUUAUCCGAGAGCAGCAUCCUACGAAAAUCCCAGUGAUAAUAGAACGGCACAAGGGUGAGAAGCAGCUUCCUGUACUGGACAAAACCAAGUUCCUUGUACCAGAUCACGUCAACAUGAGUGAGCUCAUCAAGAUCAUCAGGAGGCGCUUACAGCUCAACGCUAAUCAGGCCUUCUUCCUGUUAGUGAAUGGACACAGCAUGGUGAGUGUGUCCACGCCGAUUUCUGAAGUAUAUGAAAGUGAGAAGGACGAAGAUGGAUUCCUGUAUAUGGUAUAUGCCUCUCAGGAGACAUUUGGAAUCAAAGUGUCUGUGUAAGACUAGAAAAAUGCAUCUGUUCUAGAAUUUUUUUAAGCCCUUACCAAGGAAAAAAAAAAGGGAUAUUAUCAACUGAGACCGAUCC